GAAUAAGCAACAGCAAUUAAACCGUUUCCCUUUCCUCCAUAAAUAUACAAAGAAACCAAAAAAAACACCUGUGAUCUUAUCGAUCAAUCGUCGAAACAGAUCAAUAACAAACAAAAGAGGCGUCUUAAUAAACGUCCAUCUCUCAAUCCCUUCCAUUUCGAUAUUCUUUUUUUUCAUCUUCUGCGAAAAUGAGAGAGUGCAUUUCGAUCCAUAUCGGUCAAGCCGGAAUCCAGGUCGGAAAUGCUUGCUGGGAGCUUUAUUGCCUCGAACAUGGCAUUCAGGCUGAUGGGCAGAUGCCAAGCGAUAAGACCGUAGGUGGAGGUGAUGAUGCUUUCAACACCUUCUUCAGUGAAACUGGAGCUGGGAAGCAUGUACCUCGCGCAGUUUUUUUGGAUCUCGAGCCUACUGUGAUUGAUGAAGUGAGGACUGGGGCAUACCGCCAACUAUUCCAUCCUGAACAGCUCAUUAGCGGAAAGGAGGAUGCAGCUAACAACUUUGCUCGUGGACACUACACCAUUGGAAAAGAAAUUGUUGAUGUAUGCUUGGACCGUAUCAGAAAGCUUGCAGACAAUUGUACUGGUCUCCAAGGCUUUCUGGUUUUCAAUGCUGUAGGCGGAGGCACUGGUUCUGGUCUUGGUUCCCUUCUGCUGGAACGUCUUUCAGUCGACUAUGGCAAGAAAUCCAAGCUUGGAUUCACUGUUUAUCCUUCCCCUCAAGUUUCAACCUCUGUUGUUGAGCCUUACAACAGUGUCCUCUCCACUCAUUCCCUUCUCGAACACACUGAUGUGGCUGUCUUGCUUGACAAUGAAGCCAUAUAUGAUAUCUGCAGGCGCUCUCUUGACAUUGAGCGACCCACCUACACUAACCUCAAUCGUUUAGUUUCUCAGGUCAUAUCAUCACUAACUGCUUCCUUGAGAUUUGAUGGUGCCUUGAAUGUUGAUGUUACUGAGUUCCAGACUAAUCUGGUGCCAUAUCCUAGGAUUCACUUCAUGCUUUCAUCUUAUGCUCCUGUGAUUUCAGCUGCGAAAGCAUACCAUGAGCAGCUAUCAGUUGCUGAAAUCACAAACAGCGCAUUCGAGCCAUCGUCUAUGAUGGCGAAGUGUGAUCCACGCCAUGGCAAAUACAUGGCUUGCUGUCUUAUGUACAGAGGUGAUGUGGUGCCUAAAGAUGUUAAUGCAGCUGUUGCAACUAUCAAGACCAAGCGCACUAUUCAAUUUGUUGAUUGGUGCCCUACUGGAUUCAAGUGCGGAAUCAAUUAUCAGCCUCCAACUGUUGUUCCAGGGGGUGAUCUUGCCAAGGUUCAGAGGGCUGUGUGCAUGAUUUCCAACUCCACUAGUGUCGCAGAGGUUUUCUCACGCAUUGACCACAAAUUUGACCUGAUGUAUGCUAAGAGGGCAUUUGUUCAUUGGUAUGUCGGUGAAGGGAUGGAAGAGGGUGAAUUCUCUGAAGCUCGUGAAGAUCUUGCUGCCCUUGAGAAGGAUUAUGAGGAAGUUGGUGCAGAGGCCACUGAAGGUGAAGAUGGUGAUGAAGGAGAUGAAUAUUGAUUAAUAUUGCUUUUCUAGACUGAUUAUUUUAUGCAUUCAGUGUGUUGUCUUCUUAUAUUUGUCCUUUAUGUGGAGCUUCUGAGUCUGUCUUGUUCUUGUACUAGAUAUAACUUCAAUCAUAAGGCUGCGGCUUUAUGCUUUUGUUUGAAUAAGUAAUGCAUGUUACAAAA